GGCCCGUGAAGCCCUGGGUUGAAUGACAGGGAGUGGGAAGGCACCAGGCGGCGCUGGCCGCGGGGAGGAAGCGCUAGCGGCCCCCCCAUCACACACGCUCCCGGGCAGGCUCCGCGCUGACCAUGCUCCCGCGCCGCCCGGCCGCCCUCCUCCUCCUGCUGCUGCUGGGGUGCGGGGCGCGGGGGGAGAGCGGUGGGGACACCCCCCCCCGCGCGCCGCAGCUGGAGACCCUGGUGGCGCCCCCCGAGGACUGCGCGGCGCGCUCGGCGCUGGGCGACACGGUGCAGAUUCACUACACGGGCAGCUUGGAGGAUGGGCGGAUCAUCGACACCUCGCUCUCGCGGGACCCCCUGCAGGUGGAGCUGGGUAAAAGACAGGUGAUCCCUGGCUUGGAGCAAAGCUUGCUAGACAUGUGCGUUGGGGAGAAGCGGAGGGUGAUCAUCCCGCCUCAUCUGGCUUACGGCAAGCGAGGAUCCCCGCCUGCUAUACCAGCUGAUGCCGUGCUGCAGUUCGAUGUGGAGCUGGUUGGCCUCUCCCGGGCCAGCCACUGGCAGAAGUUGAUGAAUGACGUGUUGCCCCUGCUCUGCAUUGGGCUGAUCCCGGCUCUGCUGGGCCUGAUUGGCUACCACCUCUACCACAAGGCCAGCAGCUCCCGGGGGGCCAAGAAGAGGCUCAAGGAGGAGAAGAGAAACAAGGCCAAAAAGAAAUAAACCUCCUCCCCUCCCACAGUGUCA